UCCCGGCUCGGCAAUCGAUUCAUUGUGUAUAGUGUUUUCCAACAAUUAACUAUUGUAUUUAAUACUUUAAUAUACGUAUACAAGCUCAAACAAUGGAUAAUCCACUAUUCGGAACCGCUCACAUGCUUGAUGAAGUGGACAAAAAACUCAUGGUACUUCUUCACGACGGGCGAACACUGAUCGGAUACCUGCGAAGUGUGGAUCAGUUUGCCAACCUGGUGCUGCACCGUACGAUCGAGCGGAUACACGUUGGCAACGAGUAUGGCGAUAUCCAGCGUGGUGUUUUCAUCAUCCGUGGGGAGAAUGUUGUGCUGCUAGGGGAAAUCGAUCGCGAGAAGGAAAGCAGCCUCCCGUUGAGAGAAAUCUCGGUCGAUGAUAUCCUGGAUGCACAGCGUCGGGAGCAGGAGGCCCGGCAGGAAAAGCAUCGACUGGUUGCCAAGGCGCUGAAAGAGCGAGGACUUAACAUGAAUUCCGAGAUGGCCCAGGACGAGUUUUAGUGAUGUUUUACGAAGAAGAAAUACAUGUCAAACUUUUUUUCUAAUUUUUUAAGUACCAACAA